AUGGCGGAGCUGAGACAGAUCAAGCCUGACCUUGCUGACUAUUUGGAAGAAGCCGAUGUCUCCCUUUGGUCCCGAGUUCAUUUUGUUGGAGACAGAUACAAUAUUAAGACUAGCAAUGUCGCAGAGUCUAUAAAUGCUGCACUUAAGAAGGCCCGUGGCUAUCCCAUUUCAUUCCUCUUGGAUUUCAUACGAGAGAAGCUCGGUCGGUGGUUUUUAAAACGCAGAGAGGAUGUUUUGAGUCUCACAACACAUAAUACUCGGGGAGUGGAGUAUUUGCUGGCAACUCGUGGACAUUAUGCAGAUGCAAUGGAGUUGGACCGAAUUGACACUUGGAGAUACUAUGUGAAAGGAGGAACCAAGAAUUGUAUUGUUGAUUUGCAACAUGGAAUGUGUGAAUGUGGUGUGUUUUAUAUCGAGAAGAUCCCAUGUUCACAUGUUAUUGCAGCUGCAUUAGCCGGUAGGAUAGCUGUGGAUUCUCUAGUAUGUCCGACUUACUCGAAAAAAUACUUGUUUGCUGCAUACUAUGCCAACAUAUAUCCCCAAAUUUCAGAGGUCCAAGGAGUCCAACCAUCAAUAUGUCUGCCACCAGACAUUCACCGCAAACCAGGCAAACGGAAGAAGUCUCGGUGGCAAUCAUGGCUAGAAAUUGCUAGGAGGAAAAGCAAGAAGCCAAGGAAGCUGCACAAACUAUACAGCUGCUCACAAUGCAAGCAACCUGGUCAUACCCUACCGAAUUGUACGUCGAAGAUUCACCAGGACAAUAACAAGAAGGCUCCGGAAUAG